AUGUUUCGCAUUCACACGCCAGAGGUCCGUGCUCGCCUUCGCCUGCCAGACUCGUUCGACGAAGCAGAGGACCUGGAGAAGCAAUGGCAGGAGUACUACGAGCAAGAUGAGCGCGAUGCCAGGGAGGGCUGGGCAAUUGACGUAUUGGACAAUGACACGUUGUUGAAGCAGAUCCUGACUCCGUCUCCGCGGAAAUCCAGGGUUGUUCGUCCAAUGCUCGGAGAUAAAGUCACAGUGCACUACACGGCACGAGUUGUUGAUGGUGAUGUCUUCGAGACAACGCGAGAGAGCAACGAAAGGACUACUGGGCCACUGAAAUUUCGCGUGGGGCAUGGCGAGGCUAUGCGAGGACUGGAAGAGGCAGUUAUGAGCAUGAGCAAGGGUGAGCUUUCGAGGUUCUAUAUGGCCCCGGAGCUGGCAUACGGCGACGAAGGCCUGGGCGACAAGGUACCCCCCGGCGCUUCACUCGAGUAUGAAAUCGAGCUUCUCAAUGUGGUGGACAUGGAUCCAGAUGUGGAUGAGUUCAACGCAGACAUCGAGAUCCCGAAGGACUUGGACAAGAUGGGUAAGAACGAUCUGGGCGAAGGUGGCAAAGACCCACUGGGGAAGUACUACUGGGAGCGCCACGGCCAGGACAUGCUUGUGUUCAUCCCCAUUGACGCUGCCGUCUCGAGCAAAGAUGUCGAGUGUUUGCUCUUGAAGAGCCAUAUCUCUGCCACUGUGGCAGGCGAAGCCAUCUUUGAUGGAGAGCCCGGCCUCGAAAUCGACGAAGAUGAGAGCGACUGGGAGAUCGAUAGGGACCAGGGAGUCGUGUGCAUCCGCCUUCGGAAGGAUCUGGGCUUUGUCAUGGGUGGCCACACCCUGAAGCUGACCCCACAGGAUUAUGUCGACCGCGAUGGCCACACUUGCACCUUGGCGCUGAUGACGCUGGAUGUGCCACCACCAAAGGGGCCACUCUUUAUCUUCGGUGACCCUCUUCUGCGCAAGUACUACACAGUCUACGACCGCGAGAACCUCCAGGUGGGCUUCGCGAUGGCUGCGCAGCCUCGACGCGGCACACCUUGA